CUUAACAUGCGUCCCUGCUCUACUGUCAUGCACCUGCUGCUCCGAUGCAUGCGAAGGUGUUGCAGGCACAGGCACAGUCGCAGUCGCAUGGCCAGAAGACUAAGGCAGCCUGUGAACUACAUCAGACUGAUCUUCAAAUCCCUUUAUUUUAACUCCCUUACCAACUCUGAAGUGUUGCUGGACUGCAUCCUUGAACCAGUGUUUUGGAUGGUGGAGGUUGUCACACGCUGGUUUGGAAUGGUUUUUGUAUUUUUAGUAGUAGCUCUUACCAGUUCUGUGGUUUUCAUCGGUUAUUUCUGCCUUCUACCGUUGGUCCUCCAAACAUACUCUCCUGGCUGGAUGGUUUGGCACAUUUGUUACGGACAUUGGAACUUGAUCAUGAUAGUCUUCCAUUACUACAAGGCCACAAAAACUCCCCCUGGAUACCCUCCUAAGACGAAAAAUGAUGUCCCGUUUGUGUCGUUCUGUAAAAAGUGUGUCAUUCCUAAACCAGCGCGAAGUCAUCACUGUGGCAUCUGUAAAACCUGUAUUCUAAAAAUGGAUCAUCAUUGCCCUUGGCUUAACAACUGUGUUGGUCAUUACAAUCAUCGUUACUUCUUCUCCUUUUGUCUCUGUUUGACUUUGGGCUGCAUGUAUUGUAGCAUCAGCGGUCACCGUCUGUUUAUCGAUGCAUACAAUGCCAUAGAUCAAUUCAGACACUUGGAAGCGGAGAAACAGGGUGUCCCGGUGACAGGGAUUGGGUUGCUCAUCGGCAUUGUCCCAUCAGAAGGCAUAGCUGGGAAGGUAGUGCAGGUUUCGCAACCUCCAUACACCUACAAAGACAGAAUGUUUCACAAGAGUGUUAUGUACAUGUGGGUCCUCACAAGCACAGUGGCAGUCACCCUAGGAGCUCUCACACUGUGGCAUGCUGUACUUAUCACCUGUGGAGAAACCAGCAUUGAACGCCAUAUAAACAACAAAGAGGCCAAACGUUUGGCGAAACGUGGAAAGGUCUAUCGGAAUCCUUUCAGUUAUGGUAAACUAAACAAUUGGAAGGUCUUCUUUGGUGUAGAAAAGAGAAGUCAUUGGCUGACACGAGUUCUCCUACCCUCUGGACACAGCCCAUAUGGUGACGGGCUGACAUGGGACAUUUACCCUCUUAAGAAAGACAUGAUGCAAGUCUGAGAUAUUAAAGACUUGACUGUCUUAGUUGGUGAUGAGCAACAUUCUCAUCAGGGUGAGUUUCACCCACUGUGCCAAGACUGAAUUCAGAACCGGAGACCUGGGAACAUGGGAGUCUGCAGAGCCAGGAUUUAGACCGCGAUCUCACUGGAUGACAAAGGGCUGUUCUCCAAAAAAAACCACCAUGCAUAUUUUGGAUAUUUCUAUCAGUAUUCUGUGAUGAAAUCCAUGACCGUUGUCUGUGUGAUCUAUGAAAGAUAAUGUGUUUAAAGGGAUAGUUCACCCAAAAAUAAAAAUACUGUCAUUUACUUACCCUAAAUGAACCUGUUUGAGUUUCUUACUUCUGCUGUGCACAAAAGAAGAUAUUUUGAAGAGUGUUGGUAACCAAACAGUUGAUGGUAGCUAACAUGGGCAAAAAUACUAAUAUAUAAUCUUUUGUGUUCAACAGAAGAAAGAAUCUCAUACAGGUUUGGAACAAGUGGAGGGUAAAUAAAUGGCAGAUUUUUUUUUUUUAUCUAUCAGGGCUUGUAGCCAGGUUGAGAUUAAGUUUGACUAUGUAAAUAUAAUUUUUUAACUCAUUAUUUGUGUCACUUACAGUAUCAUUAUUUAAAUGCACUGAAAUCCAAUACUUCAAAGUCAACCACAUCUGAAUAAACUUGGCUAGAAUUUUAUUACUGAUUAAUGUUUUUUAGGGCAUUUCUUGUUUCAUCAUCAUACAGUUUAUUUCUUUUGUUUGUAUUUUUUUUACAUUUAUAAAUACAUCACUGUGCAUUAAAUAAAUUCCUGCCUUUAGAUGGCAGUGUACCAUCAUUUCACCAUUUAAUUUUUUUUUUGUUAAUAGUGGAUAAAUAGUCCACUAUCCCAGAGUGUCACUCCGCCAUUUUCAGGACAAUUUGAUUUUGCAUUACAAAAUAAAUGCCCUCAAAAAUCUCA